AUGCAAUACCCCCAGAUCGAACGCCAGGUCAUCGCCCUCGCCGGUGGAACAGGCGACCUGGGCCGCUACAUCCACGAGGAACUUGUCAAAGACGGCCGGUUUGCUGUGGCUCUCUUGACGCGCAAGGCCUCGGCCGCCAACCCAACCUGCCUCCCCCACACAACGAUCCACCCAACCGACUACACCGAGACCUCGCUAGUCUCCAUCCUAAACACGACCGGCGCAACCGCCCUAAUCUCGCUCAUCCGCUGUCCAAACAGCGACUACAUCCCGCUGCACAAAACCUUCAUCACCGCGUGUCUAAGCUCAGACACCUGCAAGCGCUUCAUCCCCUCCGAAUGGGCGGGCGAUAUCGAGAAGUUCCCUGACAUCCCGAUAUCCUACGGGAGCACCCGCGCACCGAUACGGAAGUACCUGCGCGAGCUGGAGCAGAAACCCGGUCGGCCGAGGCUGCAGUGGACGCUGUUCAACCACGGCUGGUUCAUGGAUUACUUUCUGCCCCCGAGCCAGUCGUAUAUGAAGUACAUUCAGGGUGAGUUCCCGAUUGAUGUUGGCAGCUGGACGUAUACUGUUCGGGGGACGGGCGAGGAGCCGCAGAGUUGGACGGCCGGGAGGGAUGUUGCGAGGGCUGUGUGUGAGCUUUUGGGGAGUGAGCAGGAGUGGGAAGAGGUGACGUACGUCUGUGGCGAAUGGGGCACGUUCAACCACACUGCUGAGGUGCUGGAGAGGUUCUACGGCCGUCCAUUCACCCGGAAAACCCGCUCCCUUGAAGAGAUCAACUCGGAUCUCCGCAAGUACGAGUCGCAGCCUGAGAUCGAGGAUGUCGGGGUGGUCGAGGUCGAGCAGCACCAGGUUGCUGGGGCGACGGCCUGUCCGAAGGAGAAGACACUGCGACAGCGGGAGAAGUACUUUUCCAACGUCAAGUUCAUGUCGGUGGAGGAGAUGUUGACGGUCGCUGAGAGGGAAGGGCGUGUUUAG